AUGACAAAUUUGGACCUUGUUGCCUGCCUCUUCAUCCUCCUGACUGGCCUCCCUUCCAACCUCCUGGCCUUCCAUACAUUCCUGCUGAAAGUGUCCAAGAAGCUGACCCCCAUAGACAUCCUCUUGCUCAACCUGACUAUUUCCGACAUCCUCCUUCUCCUUUUUCUGCCCUUCAAGAUGAUGGAGGUUGCCUCCAACAUGAUUUGGCCUCUUCCUACUCUCCUCUGCCCGCUCACUGACUACUUCCUCUACGGCAGCGUGUACGUCAGUAUCCUUUUCCUCAUGGCAGUCAGCAUGGAUCGCUAUCUGGCUGUCGCAUACCCUAUCAAGUACAAGCUGAAACGCAGGCCCGUCUAUGCAUUUGUGGCCAGCAUCUUCAUCUGGCUCCUGAUCUGCUCCCACUACGGAUUUAUCUACAUCGCCAAAUACCAAGGUUCCAAUGGGAGCCUUCCAUACUCUUCCAAUACCUCCCAUUGCUAUGAGAAUUUCUCCCCUGAUGUCAUCCUCCCUGUCCGCCUGGAAAUCUGCCUCGUCUUCUUCUGCCUCCCUUUCAUCAUCACCCUUUUCUGCUAUGUGAAAGUUAUCCAGAUCUUGAACUCCCUGCCCAACUUCCCAGCCCGCAAGAAGCAACGGGCCAUGGGCUUGGCCGCGGCCACUUUGCUGAGUUUUGUCAUCUGCUUUGGCCCCUUUAACAUCUCCCACAUUGUGGGCUUCGUUCAAAAACAGGGGCCUCCCUGGAGAAGGGAAGGUUUCCUCUUCAGCACCCUCAACACCUGCAUCGAUCCUGUCACCUUCUACUUCUCCUCCAAGGCAAUCCGACAAGCCUUUACCGACUGCUGGAAUGGCAUGUGCCGCCAAAUCCAGACUUUGCUGCCCUGGUGCAACUGGCCCUGCUGCCGAGGUCCUACAGACAAUGGAGAAGGAGAAGGAGCUGGACGGUUCUCUACUUCAUAUCUUCAAGGUGAAUACGAAGUCGACCUUUAA